AAUAGCCGUUGUUGUGAGCACGUGUGUGAAAAUUUUUCAUCAUCAUUUUCUUGGUUCAAAAUUCGUUUUUUCGUUGAGGCGGAAUUUUUUGUUGGUGGUAAUCUGUUAUGGAGGGUGUUGAUGUUAGUUUUCAACAAAAUAGCCAAUCCCCGAAUCUCGGAAAUCAAAGUAUCCAAAGUUUAAAUAACGAACAUUCGCGGGUGCAUGGUUCACAUUCAGUUGUAACUUUCGACGUCGACAGCGCCACUUCAUCAAACAAUGGAAUUUUCAACGGUAUGAGCAACAAACAAAUCCUAACUGAAAUUUGCAAAAUUAUUGACAAUUUUGAUGAUCCGAAUGAAUGGUUUAAAAAUCUCUAUCGUAACAUCGAUACUGAAUUAACGAGAAUCCCUAAAGGUGGAUGGGAUAUAGUUACAAAUGUGUUCAAUCAGAAAUUCAAUUCCAAUAAAUCCAAAAAAGAUAUUCAAAAUCUGUACAAUCAAAUCAAAAAUCGUAUGAUCUCUAAUAAAGAUGGUCGUAAUAAUCAAUCAGAAUUGGGUCUGAUCUCGGACGAUUAUAAUAUGGUAACAAAUGUCACCUUAUAUGAAAAUAUCAAACAUGAAUUGGCGAAGUCAAUAAAGAUGUAUUGUACUGAUGCUCAUCCAAAAACAUAUCAUCAUAGUCUUCAAUCUACCAAAAUCAAUUACCAAGUGCUGAAUUUCAUAAAUAUCAUCAUCAAAAAAGAUAAAAUUUCGAAUGAAAUUAAAUCUCUGUGUGAUUAUAUUGAUGUCAUUUAUGCCUGUCAGGCUACAUAUUAUUCAUAUAUUGAUCAAAAAAAGAAAAAUCCUAGUGGAAAUUACUUCCAGUCUAUGCAGAAAAAAAUCGAUAUCAACAAAAUGAAAAUGGAGUUGAUUGAAAAUCAUGACCAGAAUAAAAUACCUGAUCAGCGACUAGUCAAAUUGUGUAAAAUGAAUGGCAUUCAUUCUAAUGAUAGUCAGGCGUUACAGGAGUUGAAAUGUAAAUUCGAAGAUAAAAUUACUAAUAUUGAAACAAAGUUGAACAAAAUUAAAAACAAAUCGUUGUUCAGCAAGGUGAAUUACAUGUUUGAAAAUAAUAGAAAAAAAUUCUAUAGACAAUUGCAAAACCAGAACAAUAUCAUUGGUGAUAAUUUGAACCAUGACGAGACCUUGUCCUUUUGGAAUGAAUUGUGGAGUCAGCCAAACCAGUCUAAAGAUUGGACCGAUCUUGUAAAUACAUUCGAGCCAAUUCAAAAUAAUACUAAUAUGUGUCGUGAGCGUAUCAAAGAACUGACUAUGAAAGUCAUUAACAAUCUACACUUUAUCAAAUGGAAAGCACCCGGUAAUGAUUUCGUGUAUAACUUUUUUAUUGAUAAGAUAGAUAGUUUACAUGAUAAAUUGUGUGAUUUAGUCACUGAAGCUAUCCUUGAUCCAGACUCGAUCCCUGAUAAAUUAUACAAUGGUGUUACCUUUUUGAUUCCAAAAGUUAUGGUAGCCAAUAAGCCUGACGAGUUACGUCCAAUUACCUGUUUGUCAAAUACGUAUAAAAUAAUCAGUAAGGUGAUGAAUUUUUUCUUAAGAGAAAUAUGCACCUUAAAUGACAUUAUUUCAGAUAAUCAAAUGGGUGCUCGACCUGGAAUGUCGGCUAAGUUACAAAUACUUGUCAAUAAAUGCUUGAACCAAGAUAAUGAUAAUCAAUUGAAAACUGCUUAUGUUGACGUUAAAAAGGCGUAUGAUUCAAUCCAACAUAAAUAUAUCCAUGAUAUCCUUGAAAAAUUGGAGCUGCCGACCAAUAUCAAAAAAUUUAUUAAUCGUAUGUUAGCCCUCCAAAAGACGACACUAAAAGUUGGCAAUUGCGAAAUUGGAACAAUAUCGAUUCUUAAUGGCAUUUUACAAGGAGACUCCUUGUCUCCUCAGUUAUUCAUUUUAGCCCUUGAGCCAUUAAGCAGAAUCCUUAAUUUGAAAUGUGACAUGGUGUAUACAUCCGAUUAUGGGAUAGGAAGAAAUCAUCUUAGUUUUAUUGAUGAUAUAAAACUAAUUGCAAAUAACCAGUCUGAUUUAAAUUCCUUAUGCAAAUUAACUAAUGAAAUAUUCGAAUCUAUUGGUCUAUCUAUCAAUGAACAAAAAUCAGCUAAUAACACUGGGGAUAUCGAAUCCUUUGGUGAUAUGGUGAAUGAUGAUAUUGGCUAUAAAUAUUUGGGAAUUCUGGAGGAUUCAAAUAAUCUUUUUCAUGAAAACAAUAAAAUUGCAAUAAGAGAAAAGGUGUUCGGUAGGGUGGAAUCAAUUUGCAAUUCAAAAUUAAGUGCUAAAAAUCUUUUUCAUGCAAUUAAUGAAUUUGCUAUCGCGCCACUUAAUUAUUAUUUGGGCAUCAUCGAUUUUACGGAAGGAGAACUAGAAGAAUUUGAUAAAGGAAUUAGACGUAUUUUGGCCAAAUAUCAAAUAACUCGUCGAAGUUCAAAUAUGGAUAGACUGUAUCUUCAUCGUAAAGAAUUGGGAAGAGGCCUUCAAAAUAUUGUAGAGAAAAAUGAAAUUGUAUCGUUGAAUUUGGCCGAAUCCCUGGACGGUAAUCUUUACUUCCAUACUAUAUGGGAAUCUGAAAAGACGAACAACACUUCACUUGGUAAUAUUAAAGAAAAGAUUAAAUAUAAAUACCAAAUGAGUGAUGAUGAAGUCAAUUUGAAUUCACUUAAAAUCAAACAGAAAGAAAAACGAAUGAACAUUAUUGGGUCCAAACAGUUACAUAGUAAACUAUUUGAUGAUGAUGAUAAUAUUAUCGAUAAAGUCCAAUCAUCCUUGUGGCUAAGAAAAUUAAAUAUCACUCCACAGGAGGAGGCUAUGCUGUGUAAACUACAGGAUAGGAAUAUGUAUUUUCCUGGCCUGAAUAAGAAAUGUCCACAUUGCAAUCAGGGGAAAAAAACAGUCGACCAUUUAGCUACUUAUUGUGGAAAAAUGUUGAAUUUCGAUUACAAAAAAAGGCAUGAUGAAGUUGUCCGUUUAAUUCACUAUAGUAAAUUAAUUGAAUUUGGUAUCAAUAAAUGUAAAAAAUUGAAUUCACAUCGUAUGCAAAAGUUGGUUGUAAAUGAUCGAGUAAAAAUCAAAUCGGACAUGGAAAUUGUAACAACAAAUAAAAUUGAUCAUAACAAACCGGACCUAUUGAUUCACGAUAGCAAAAUCAACGAAAUUACGUUAAUAGAAAUUGGUAUAACAAAUAAAGAUCUUUUACCCAGAACAGAAACAACGAAAGGACGGAAAUAUGAUCUUUUGGGUAAUGAAUUAAAAUUAUUGCAUAAGGGCGUGAAGAUAAGAGCUGUACCAGUGGUGAUCACGUGGGAUGCCCUGGUUACAAAAUUUUUUAAAAAACAUUUAUCGUUGCUUGGUAUCUCUUUAAUUGGCCAAGCCUACAUCCAAUAUAAGGUAUUGAAAAAAACGUUGGAGUCCAUUUUAAUCGAUGUAAGGGGUGAUUAUGAUGUCGAUAUUGAUAACAACGAAAUUUUCGAUGAGUAG